AUGACAUCACGGAGGUCCUCCUCACUGACCGAUCUUGUUGGAUCGCCGAGAGACUCAUCGAAGCCUUUCAUUUACCAAGAACUUCAAGAAAAAGUUAAGAAAAGGUCUCUACGAAGAAGUAUGUCUUCACCAGAGAAAAGAAUGGCAAGGCAGAGCCAAAAAAUCAACCCAGAGGAAUGGAGGAGUGUUUGGGACAAGGAAAGAGGUUACGUUACAGACCUGAUAGCAGAUGGACAACCCGUCACAAGGCAACCGAAGCUCUCUUACUUUUCCUAUCUUGGCAGCUCUUUUUCAAGUAAGGGGCGUUACCAAGCGGUGUCAAGCGAUGCAGAAGUGAUAAUUAAUAUGACAAACGCCAUUUUUGUUGUAGAGAAGGCGCCAAGCACUGCUCAAACUAUAGAUGAACUCGAAAGCAAAAAUAUCGCCCUUACCAAGUCGUCAAAAACUGACAGGACACAGCUUGUAGAGUGUAUUACUUGUAUGUGUUGUGUAAAAGCUGUCUUUUACCAUUGCACAGAGGACGGAGAGAUCGAGAGAAACUGGGCCGACGAGCCCUGCGCAUGCAAGAUGCCUUGGACAGAUUGUGCGGUCCGAUGGAGCUUUCUGGGAAUAUUUUCAACGUUUUUGCCUUGUUUGGUGUGUUAUCCUGUAGCAAAACUAUGCUGCAGUUCUACUUUUGCCCUAUCCCGGAAGUAA